AUGAAAAUUUCAAAGAUAANAGAUAUUUUUAUUGUUAUAUGCUUAUUGGCAUAUUUUUUUCUUCCUUUCGGAUAUUUAAUAAUUAUUUUUACGUUUAUUGCAACUGCUAUUUUAUUUUUUAGAAAUAUAAAAGUAUAUUUGCAUCUUCUACAAAAUACUAACUACCGUUUAAAAUUCCUUAUUUUCAGCAACAUUUGCCACUGUGUAAGUCUCGUUUCUUCUAGUUUUAUUGAGGAGGAACAUCAAAUUUGGUAUUUCUUUUGGUGUACAACGAUAUCCUCCUAUAUUUAUUUAUAUAUGUUUAAAUCAUUAAGUUCAUUUGCAGAAUUUACUGUAAUACUAUGCGCAUUUCGUUUUGUUAGAAAAUUAAAUCAAACAGGCGACAAAUGGGCGCACCUGUUAGAUAUUUCUCGGUGGCUUUUGUGUAAUGAACAUUAUUUUUAUUUGCAAGCAUUUAACAUCGUAAGUCUAAUAUUAACUUAUGCUGUACUUUACCAUUCAAAGUUUUUCAAAAAAACUUCAAAAUUAUUAAUUAUAGCUUUAGUAAUUUCAUAUUUAAUGAAAAACGUUUGGCUUCAUAAUCACUUAUUACAUAAAAUAUUUUAUUUAGUGAAUUUAUUGAUGUUUUCUAACUUUAUUAGAGAUAAACAAACUUUAAGUGGAUUAGUUGUAUUUUGGAUCCUAAAUAGCACUAUACUUUUACGUCCCUAUAACAUUAUUCUGAUACCCUAUUGUAUUUUAAGCAGUUUUAUUUUAAAAAAACACAUAAAGUUGGAAAGUAACUUAGCAUUUUGUCAUUAUUGGUUAGGAAAUGUACUAUUCUUUUGUCAAGGGCAUAGUAACAGCUUAGCUAGUGUUGACAUUGCAGCUGGAUACAUUGGCCUUACAAGUUAUAAUCAGCUUAUUGUAAUGCUACAAGUAUUAUUUCACACGUAUACUUUUCCAAUUUUGUGUAAUUUGUUGGCUUUCAAGUACUGUCAAGAACAUUACUAUGUGUGGUCUGUAAAUAUAAUAAGUCGGUUACUUGUUUUUACAAUGACCACUUUUAUUCUUACAAUUCAAAGACACCAUUUGUUUGUUUGGACAGUUUUUGCGCCUAAGUUAAUUAUUGAAGUUGUGCAUACUCUUGUACUUUUCUUACAAUUUUGUAUUUACAAUUUAAAAUAUACAAAUGUAUUUCUACAAAAUAAAAAAAGUAAGAUAUAUAUGCCGUUUUUAUUUCAAUAUAUAAAUAUCAGAAAGUAAUUACUAGAAAAAAUAUUCCUACAACUGAUUGAAAAAUAGAAGUUAUGUCUAACAAUAAUAC